AUGACUAACUCAAGAGAUAAGAAUCCAGCCCGGCACUACUCGGUAUUAAGUAACGCAGUUACACCGGAUGUGUCUGUCCCUGGCGCAUCUGCAUAUGACAAUCCUGACACAACACAAUGCAAUACCACUUCUUACUUUGCGCCCAGGCCGGCCGCCAUUUCUGUUGUCGCAGAGCCGGAGGGAUUGGAUGAUCCGGUAGCUAUAGCUGCUAAAGGUGCUAGAAGCCCAGCAGAGCUGCUCCGGCGUAUGAGUCUGAUUGGUCACUCGCAAAGCGAAUCCUUCGACUUUGAUCCGCGGGAACAAUAUCCAAGCCUUGAAUUGACCGGGAACGUCAUCAGUGCUACCUUCUGUAUCCCGUAUAAAGUUGGCUUGACAGCCGACGGUGGAUGGGAUCUUCAAUCACGCCGUGGUACUUCGGCUCUCUUCGACUCAUUCACAUAUCUCUCGUCCCCUAAAACACCAUGGAAACACACACUUCUUGGUUGGACAGGUGAGAUCCAACCCCUCCCGGAGUCUCCUGUACAACCAGAUACGCCUGCCUCGACAGAGCGGGACGGAACACUGAAGCGGACCGACACUGGCGGAUCAUGGCAAAGCAUUUCAAAGCCGCUGAGCAAAGGCUCGGCAUCGAAUCCAGUCUUUUCACAAUCCAAUUCUCAAGGCAAUCCGUCUGGCGAUGGCAUCAACGUAACCAAGAAAGAUCGUCAACGUCUGGAAUCAUUGCUGCGCCGAGACAAGAACGGACUGAUAAUGCCUGUCUGGCUUUCGGACACUCCGGAAGACGCUAAGUCUGAUCUGUAUCUGAAAGACCAGAAUCGGUGGAGGAUGUAUGCAGAGCACGAACUUUACACCUUGUUCCAUUACAGACAGCACGCCCCGAACGACGGCCGGGCGGAGCGAAGGUGGUGGAUCGACUACGUUCGCAUGAAUCAACUGUUCGCUGAUCGCAUACUCGAAGUCUACCGAGCGGGUGAUAUCGUUUGGGUACAUGAUUACCAUCUAAUGCUACUGCCACACAUGCUACGCCAGAGGAUACCUAAUGUGUACGUGGGUUUCUUUCUGCAUAUUCCCUUCCCUAGCAGUGAAUAUCUCAGGUGCUUGCCAAAGCGAAAGGAGGUACUAGAAGGAUGUCUGGGCGCCACCAUGAUCGCUUUUCAGUCCUUCAGCUAUUCACGUCACUUCUCGUCUUGCUGCGAGCGCAUACUGGGCUUUGAGUCUAGUUCAGCUGGUGUAGAUGCCUAUGGUGCCCACGUUGCCAUCGACGUGUUUCCUAUUGGAAUCAAUGUGGAGGCAGUGCAAAAGGCUGCGUUCAACGAUCCAUCCAUUGACAAGACCAUUUCAGCCAUCAGACAAAUGUAUGGUGACAAGAAGAUUAUUGUCGGUCGCGAUCGCUUGGACACAGUCAGAGGUGUUGCGCAGAAAUUGAUGGCUUUUGAGAUCUUCUUAGAACGCUAUCCUGCAUGGAGAGACAAGGUUGUUCUCAUCCAGGUCACCAGCCCAACCAGCGUCGAGGAAGAGCAAGAAGAUCCGCAGCACAAGAUCGAGCACAAAAUCUCUGACUUGGUCUCCAAGAUCAACGGCCAGUACGGCUCACUCAGUCACUCUCCUGUGCAGCACUAUCCUCAAUAUCUAUCAAAGCAAGAAUAUUUUGCCCUUUUACGAAUCGCCGACGUUGGCCUGAUCACAAGCGUACGUGAUGGCAUGAAUACUACAAGUCUCGAGUAUGUGCUCUGUCAGAAAGACCACCAUGGACCUCUAAUUUUGUCCGAGUUCUCGGGCACUGCUGGAAGUCUCCGUCAUGCGAUCCACAUCAACCCAUGGAACCUUGUGGGUGUUGCGGAUGUUAUCAAAGACGCCCUCGAGAUGUCACCCAAAGAUCGCUAUAUGUCACAAAGAAAGCUGUACGAGCAAGUCACGACGCAUCCAGUAUCACGAUGGAGUAACAGCUUUCUUAAACGUCUCUUGACGAACCUGGCAUCAAACAACCAGAAUACUCUGACCCCUGCGCUGGACCGCCAUGUGUUAAGACCGCAGUACUUCAAAGCAAAGCGACGCCUGUUCAUGUUUGACUACGACGGCACACUCACCCCCAUCGUCAAAGAUCCCACGGCUGCUAUUCCUUCGGAUAAGGUUCUGCGCACCAUAAAAUCGCUGGCGCAGAACCCAAAGAACGCAGUAUGGCUUAUUAGCGGACGAGAUCAACAAUUUCUUGAUGAUUGGAUGGGACACAUUCCAGAACUGGGCCUGAGUGCAGAACAUGGAUGCUUUGUUCGGCCGCCACGGAGCGAGGUGUGGGAGAAUCUCACCGAAAAGACCGACAUGAAGUGGCAGACGGAGGUUAUGAGAACGUAUCAGCGAUACACGGACAUCACGCCUGGUUCGUUCAUUGAGCGCAAGCGGGUUGCGUUGACAUGGCACUAUCGACGAGCCGACCCGGAUUUGGGCAAAUUCCACGCAGAGCAAUGUAAGAAAGACCUGGAGGAUAGCGUGGCCAAGAAAUUCGAUGUCGAGGUCAUGUCCGGUAAAGCAAACCUGGAGGUGAGGCCUCAAUUUGUCAACAAAGGAUACAUUGCCACCCGUCUCGUUAGUGAGUACGGUACGGAGGAGGGAAGGCCGCCGGAUUUCGUUUUCUGUGCGGGAGACGACUUUACCGACGAAGAUAUGUUCCGUGCGCUAUUAAGAUCCAACCUGCCGAAAGACCAGGUUUUUGCUGUCACUGUCGGAGCCAGUUCGAAAAAGACGUUGGCAUCAUGGCACCUGUUGGAGCCGCGGGAUGUCAUCGCAGCAAUCACAUCUCUCAUCGCCGCUGAUGAAGACGACCAGAUCUUGGACAGAACCUUUCGAGAUCUAUCGACAAUGCCCCCGAAAGAAGCUACCCCUCCCAAGGGCACGGACAAGGAAAGCUUGCCGAAAUUGGAAGGAAAGGACGAAAAGUAG